AAAACCCUUUCAUCAUAAACGUAUCGGUACUGGCGCAACAAAAAUUGAAAAGACCUCUUAUUGUAAUGAAUGUAUGAAGCGUGUGCGCGUGAACACUGAAGGAGGUAAACGUAGUUUGAUCGUAGUGUCAGUCUGGUACUAUUGCCUCCGGUAGGGUCUCGCAAUCCCUUGCCAUUGGAAUUUGAUGUUUCUUACCACUUUCAAGGCCUACCAUACCGGUGAGACAGUUUUGAACCCUGCUAAAUACUAGUUUGUCCUGAACUUGCAUUAUUUCCGUCUCUUUUGCUCCAGCCCUCGUCCAGUUCUGCCUCUGCGUCACAACCUCCUCGAUCUCGGAAACCUGGGUGUUUUAGAUUGGCUCGGAUAUCAGCAACCACCAAAAUGCAAAAUGAGAUAAUCGAACCCAGUGAUUCAGACACCGACGCUAAUGGCAAAAAUGUUCGCCCAGUGAAGAAGGAGUCCACAGAAACAUUGCACCGCAAUUCCAAGGUAGCUACCCUCAAGGCAAAGCUUGCAACCCAAAGCAAGCUCGUCGCGGAACAGGGCAUGGAGUUAAAUAAACUCCGCAAGGAAAACAAGCAGUUCAAGAACGAACGAGACAUUCAAAAUGCCGAGAUCACAGGCCUUCAAGACGAGUUGAAGAAUAUCUUGCGGCAGCUCGAUGACGAAACGGUCAAAAAUCUUAAUUUCAAUAUGAUUAAGUUGAAUAGCUUGAAGUCGGAUGCUCCAAAUGGGACUGCCGUCGAAGCUACGUGGCAUCAGGACAUUGACCAAGACAUGUCCGACAGCCUCGCAUCCAACCUUCCUGUACCCGAAAACGGCCCUCCAAAUACAGCGUCCUUGCAGCCCCAAAUCCCCAACGCUUCUGGAUCUAGUUUUACAGCCAUCAAACCAGAGCCGGAAGGCGCGAAAAUUGCCGUUGUUAUUAAAUCUGAACUUGAACAUGAACCUGAUCUGAACGUCCAUGUCACGUUCGUCAAGAGCGAGGACGGGAAGUUCGAUAUCUGGAAUCUUGAGCACCUUCGUCUCGGACCUCCAGUUAUCGUAGAGAGGAGGUUUCACGUUGGAUUCAGGCGUCCUGUAAUCAGCAACGCUCUUGGCGGAAAUUGGCAAAGUACAUUCGUCAAUUGGCAAGGUCCGACCAGCGAAUUGAAUAGGUACCCAUACAUGGCCCUCAAACGAUCCUGGAAUCCACAUCUCCCGCUCGUUCCAGGAGAGCACGGUGUGGUAUUUACCAGGGUGAGGCGUUUCGAAGAUGACACGCUCAUUACUGGAUCAGUCGACGUUGUCAUAUCCGGCAAACCAAAUGAAUGGGUGUAUUUUGGUUCUUACGAGACCUUUCGGUCAGGUGAGAUCACACCUCACCAACUUCACCUGCUCCCUCCUCUGGUUGUGCGGACUUGGGUGGAGGGAACUCUGAAGUCUCAAUGGGGAAAGAACUGGGUCGAACGCACGAAUGCCGAACUUGUAGACAAGGGGGGCGAAAUUCGCCUCGUCGAGCAUACGGCACACGGUCUUCGGGAGGCACUCAGUGAUGGAAGACUCGUAAUCGGCUUCACCGUCAUGAAAUGUGUUGGAUUUCGUACGGAUUGGUUCGACCAGUUCUUGCAUUAUCAAGCGCAUCCGAAGCUGCGCACAACACAGAAAAGGAAGAAAGGGAGCUCGGGAGCCAAAAAACCCUCUGCAAAAAGGGUGAAAGGGGGCACACAUCGGAAAGAGGUGUCAUCUGAAAGUGAUAGUGAUGAGAAGUUGCAAGUCACACCGCCCGGCAGUGACGGAGAUGAGUUUCCUGACGCGGAGGACGGAAUGAAAUCACGCUUGGGUUCAGCCUCGCUGGGCGAGAGGAAGAGUGCUCGCAUUUCCGCAAAAUCAGUUGGAGCAGCAACUCCGAGUUCUAGUCAUCGGACCGUGUUAUCUCGAACUUGAGAAGUCUGCAACUACUCGAGGUCGAUCGAUACUUUACUCUCGGAAAACUCUCGGGAUUGAUAUAUUCACUAUAUAGUCGAAUACUUACCGUCCAAUACUUAUACAUAUG